UCUUCAAAAAGGGGUCACCAUAUCUUUUCACAUUCAUCGCUUCCGAUCCAUUCCGUGUCUCUUAGAGAGAGAAAGUUAGAGAGAGAGAGAGAGAGUAAAACAUAAUCAAUCAAGAUGGGUUCUCGUCAUCUUCUUCAAGAACAAAACAGAGGUGAUCAAGUAGUUGGGGUUAUGAAACAAAAGGCGGCGGUUCCGGCCGCCGGACAGAACAAGAGCCGCCGUGCAUUGGGUGAUAUCGGCAACAUGGUUACUAUCCGGCCACUUGACGGCAAGCAACUUCCGGCAAUAACCCGACCCGUUACCAGAAGUUUUUGUGCACAAUUACUAGCCAAUGCACAAAAAGAUGCAGCCGAAAAGAAAAAGAAACCCUUGACGAUGAAUGUCGAUAACAACCGAGUGGUUCCCAAGAAGAAACUUCCGGUCAAGCCGAAAGCACAACCGGUGCCAGAUAAUGUUACCGUGAUCGAAAUCAGCCCCGACACAGAAGAAAGACAGAAGCCCGAAUCAUCGCAGUCUAAACGAAACAAGAAACCACAAUCUUCGCUCACUUCCACACUUACUGCCCGGAGCAAAGCGGCGUGUGGUUUGAACUACAAGCCUAAACCGAAAAACAUUAUUGAUAUCGACGCUGAAGAUGUCGGUAAUGAGCUAGCGGAAGUCGAGUAUGUUGAAGAUAUUUACAAAUUUUACAAACUCGUAGAGAAUGAGAGUAGAGUCCAUGACUAUAUACACUCACAACCCGAAAUCAACGACAAGAUGAGGGCUAUCCUAGUCGAUUGGCUGAUCGAGGUGCACAAUAAAUUUGAGCUCACAAACGAAACAUUGUACCUAACAAUUAACAUUGUGGACCGGUUCUUGGCGGCUGAAACUGUGGCUAGAAGAGAACUACAAUGUGUAGGAAUGAGUGCAAUGCUAAUUGCUUCAAAAUAUGAAGAAAUAUGGGCUCCAGAAGUCAAUGAUCUGGUUCAAAUCUCGGAUCGGGCUUAUGAGCAUCGACAUGUUUUGGUGAUGGAGAAGCGGAUUCUGGGUCGGUUGGAGUGGAACUUAACUGUUCCUACGCCCUAUGUGUUCCUUGUUAGGUUCAUCAAAGCUGCAGCCACUCCACUGGAUACCAAUAUGGAGAAUAUGGUGUAUUUCUAUGCUGAAUUGGGGAUGAUGAAUUACGAGGUUGUUAUACGGUUUUGUCCGUCAAUGGUGGCGGCGGCUGCGGUGUAUGCGGCACGUGCCACGUUGAACAGUGCGGCGUUGACCAAGAGUGAGGUGUGGCAUGAGACUCUAGAAGUGCACACGGGGUUCACGGAGCGGGAAGUGAUGGAGUGUGCGAAGAGGAUGGUGGUGUGUCAUUCGAUGGCGGUGACGGACGAAAAGAGAAGGGUGAUUUACCGGAAGUAUUCGAAUGUGUCGCGAGGCGCGGUGGCGCUUUACCCACCGGCCAAAGAUCUGUUGACCGCAGCCUUGACUUUGUAGUAGUUUGGAGUAGGAGAGGGGUGGGGUGUCAUGUCAUCAAACUAAUUGUUUGUUUUGUGUUGGUUGGUUUCUGGAUAAAUGUCUAAGAUCAAAUCUCAUUCUUUGAUAAUCAUAUUCUUGGUAUAACUCAUUAACAUGUUAUGUUAUUCCAACUUUAA